AUGGGAAAGAAAAGAAAACAUGAGGUGAAAGAUAGAGAAGAGAUUUUAAGGCCGAGGGGAGGAUGCAUCGGAGCUGUGGUACUAUUCUUAAGUUCUAGAUGGUAUGGGUUCACCCUGAUAUGGUUUAGAGAAGUGAUUAGUGGUAAGAUUUUGCAAUUGGAGAGUGUCACACAGUCAGAAGCCAUGAGGAGCGCCCCUGCUGGUUAUAACCCUGGUUCAGCUGCCAAUUCCACCUCUAAUGAAGACCUUGGUUUCUAUUGUAAUAGUAAGCGAAUAUUUUAUCACAAGUUGGAGAUGCUUAAAAACUUUCAGGUGGAAUCUAGGUCAUUAACUGAGCCUUUGUGGGACACGUCAACUGUUUCAUAUCCGUAUCCAAACAACGGGAUGUUUGUGAGAGACAGAGAGAGUACACUAUUAAGCUUCUUGGUGCCUCUUUUCCAAAUAUUCCAACAUCUGAGGUUAGAUAGCCUAGUUGGGUUGUUUGGAGCAGGAUGUCAACCAAGUUCAACUAAUGACCCUUUUGGCCUACCAAGAAUCUCAUAUGGUCUUGUCCAAGUGUUGGUAGAAAAAGAUAGAAACUUGGACUUACAACAUGCUUUGGAAGUUGAUGCUUCUGUGAAAUCUUUGAAAAUAGAUGUUGUAACAAUAUGCGAGGGUUCAUGGUUUGAUGGGUUUAACCAACCAAAGAUUCUUACGUUAUGUUCCACAAUUGCCCCUGAUACAGGCACGAUGCUCUCAACUAGUCGGCCAUCAAAUCUUUUGAAUACAUCAACUGGUUUAAUUUGGAUUUCAAGCUCACCAGCAUCUCCAAGUAAUGAGGGAUCCGUUACACUUAAGAAUAUCAGCUUAUCAAGAGCAUCACUUGCAUUACUAAAAGAAGGUUUCUUGUUAGAACUUUUGUUUUUAAAAACGAUAAAAGAUGGAAAUCAAGCAUGAAACAUGUAGACUGUAGAGAUGUUUUUACAUGUAAAUUUAUAUAUUGUAAGAAAUAGAAUUGUAAGACAUUAAAUUUUAUGAAAUGG